AUGUGGAAAUUCGGUGCAAGAUAUUAUAUUGUCAAUGCCACGCGCGAUCUUGAAGAUUUGAUUUCGCAAAGCGUGAGCUUUAUGGCUGAUCUUUUUGGCUCUCUUUUUAUUUCUGUUUGCAUGUCAAGCUCUUCAUCCAUCUAUGUAUCUGCCCUUUUCAUUAUUGCAGAUAUUGGACAGACGCUACUCGAGUUCCACGAGCUUCAGACUAACGCAAAUAUUUUGGUGGCAUUGCUGGAUCGUAGAUAUUCGACAGCGAGCAUUCGUCGAUUAAAUAUAUCAUUACGAAGGCCAAAUUUAUCAGCAGUGAUUCUUGAGGUAACGCGAAAUCCAGGUGCGAAUAACAUUACCGUAUUGCACGGAGUGCGAUUAGAGUCAUGUCUUCCACAUCCUCUUCCGGACGAUCGAUUUCAGCAGCUCCAGACCCUUGCAGCAUCGGGUUCGUACUGUCACAAAACUGAAUCUAACAGAGCAAUCGUUCGUCACCAAAGCACGAUCAUGCUUCGUUUUCUUCGUCAAUCUUCAGUGCUACCAUCAGGACCAAGUGCUAUACAUGUAACAACAAUGCUAUCGACUGACACUGCUAAUCAGACUACAUCAGAAUGUGGAGAUGCCGAUACAAGAAUGAGUGAACAAUCAGAAAAACUUGUCUUACAAGGACUACAACUUUUAUUUCAUUGCGAGUAUGUGGCUUUAGUGGAGUAUAUUGAAUGCUUUGUUCCGAUGGUCUAUGUCUUAUACAAGUCCAUACUUGAGCUGCUUCCAAAUGUUGCUUACUAUCCUGGUGGUGCUGGUAAAUGGAACCAAAAUUCUGUCAUGAACAUCUUGCUGUUUGCUUUAUUGGAAGUUGCUUUUGUGCUGGAGACCCAAAUGAUCUGCAUUCAACAAAAAUUAUUCGCUUUGAUGUUGUUUGUAUUAACGUACGAGCUUGCUCAUUUUGGUGUCGACUUUACCUUUCACUUUGCAUGGUUGAGAUGA